AUGGGUUCAUGUUGCAGUUGUUUAGGCAGUCGUGGAGGUGAUGGAAGUCAUGCUCAAUUAUUAUUAGCCGAAAAUGAAAGAGAAGCCAUAUCUGCAUUAUUACAAUAUUUAGAAAAUCGAUCAGAUGUUGAUUUUUUCAGUAAUGGUCCACUUCGUGCAUUAAGUACUUUAGUUUAUUCUGAAAAUAUCGAUUUACAAAGAAGUGCCGCAUUGGCAUUUGCUGAAAUUACUGAAAAAGAUGUUAGAGAAGUUAAUCGAGAUGUUUUGGAACCAAUAUUAAUAUUAUUACAACUGUCAGAUUCUGAAGUACAACGUGCUGCUUGUGGUGCAUUGGGUAAUUUAGCCGUGAAUACGGAAAAUAAAAUAUUAAUUGUAGAAAUGGGAGGAUUAGAACCUUUAAUUAGACAAAUGAUGUCAACAAAUAUUGAAGUUCAAUGUAAUGCAGUUGGUUGUAUAACCAAUUUAGCAACUCAAGAUGAUAAUAAAUCAAAGAUUGCCAAAAGUGGUGCAUUAAUCCCCUUGACAAAAUUAGCAAAAUCUAAAGAUAUUAGAGUUCAAAGAAAUGCAACUGGGGCAUUAUUAAAUAUGACCCAUUCAGGUGAAAAUAGACAAGAAUUAGUUAAUGCCGGUGCAGUGCCUGUAUUAGUUUCAUUAUUAUCUAAUGAUGAUGCUGAUGUUCAAUAUUAUUGUACUACUGCAUUAUCAAAUAUUGCCGUUGAUGAAGUUAAUCGAAAAAAAUUAGCUAGUACUGAACCUAAAUUAGUUGGUCAAUUAGUGAAUUUAAUGGAUUCUCCAUCACCAAGAGUCCAAUGUCAAGCAACAUUAGCAUUAAGAAAUUUAGCUUCAGACUCAGGUUAUCAAGUUGAAAUAGUAAGGGCAGGGGGAUUACCUCAUUUAGUUCAAUUAUUAUCAUGUAAUCAUCAACCAUUAGUAUUAGCGGCAGUUGCAUGUAUUAGAAAUAUUUCUAUUCAUCCAUUAAAUGAAGCAUUAAUCAUUGAAGCAGGAUUCUUGAAGCCUUUAGUUGGAUUAUUGGAUUAUACUGAUUCAGAAGAAAUUCAAUGUCAUGCGGUAUCAACAUUAAGAAAUUUAGCUGCAUCUUCAGAAAAAAAUAGAACCGCUUUAUUAGCUGCUGGUGCAGUUGAUAAAUGUAAAGAAUUAGUUCUUAAAGUCCCACUUUCUGUCCAACUGGAAAUUUCCGCCUGUUUUGCCAUUUUAGCAUUAGCUGAUGAUUUAAAACCAAAAUUAUAUGAAUCACAAAUUAUUGAUGUUUUGAUUCCACUUACAUUCAGUGAAAAUGGAGAAGUUUGUGGGAAUUCCGCAGCAGCAUUAGCUAAUUUAUGUUCAAGAGUUUCAAAUGAACAUAAACAAUAUAUUUUAAAUAAUUGGUCACAACCAGAUGAAGGAAUUUAUGGAUUUUUAAUUCGAUUUUUACAAAGUGGUAGUGCAACAUUUGAACAUAUUGCCUUGUGGACAAUUUUACAAUUAUUAGAAUCAAAUAAUGGAGAAAUUAAUGCAUUAAUUAAAGAAAAUGAAACUAUUUUAUCUGGGAUUAAAAGUUUGAGUGCUUCACAACAACAAAUUCAACAAUCUCAAAUAAAUAGUAAUACUGGUGGUGGUGGUGGUGGUGGGAAUAAUGAAGAUCAAUUUGAUGAUCCAAAAGUGGAAUUAUUUAAUUUGACUCAACAAAUUUUACAAAUCUUGGGAUGA